CUACGCACAGUGAAAUACUUUCAAAAUGAUGGACCAAGAGGACAGCGAGUUUGGACUGAAGAGCAGCAGCCUCAUCAGAGAAUGGAGUGGACAGGUCCAGCCUGCUCUAGUGGCCACUUUUGUGUUCCUCUUCUGUUUGGAAGCUUGUCUGUGGGUCCGAAACCUCCGGCUCAAGAGAAAACUGCCCGGACCCUUUGCCUGGCCAGUGGUGGGCAAUGCCAUGCAGCUGGGAAAGAUGCCCCAUAUCACCUUAACCAGGCUGGCCAAGAAGUAUGGGAAUGUGUACCAGAUCCGCCUGGGCUGCAGUGACAUUGUGGUCCUGAACGGAGACAAGGCCAUCCGUCAGGCUCUCAUUCAGCACAGCACUGAGUUUGCAGGCAGACCAAACUUUGUGUCAUUCCAAGUUGUUUCAGGGGGCAAAAGUAUGACUUUUGGAAAUUACAGCAAACAGUGGAAGAUGCACAAGAAAUGUCCAGUCAACAAUCAGAUUGUCCAGUCAACAAUCAGAGCUUUCUCAUCAGCCAAUAGCCAAACCAGAAAAGCCUUUGAGCAACAGAUUGUGGCUGAAGCCACAGAACUAGUGGAGAUUUUACUUAGACACAGCUCUCAGGCUCAGUAUUUCAACCCAGCCCAUGAGCUGACAGUAGCGGCAGCCAAUGUGAUUUGUGCUCUGUGCUUUGGAAAGCGCUAUGGACAUGACGAUGUCGAGUUUCGAGCCUUGUUACAGAGAGUAGAUGAGUUUGGAGAGACUGUGGGGGCGGGCAGUUUAGUGGAUGUGAUGCCAUGGCUUCAGUGUUUUCCAAAUCCUGUCCGCAGUGUUUUUAAAAAUUUCCAACAAUUAAAUAAAGAGUUCUUUAGUUUUGUUCAUGACAAGGUAGAGCAGCACAGAAAAACAUUUGACCCCAAUAUAACCCGUGACAUGAGUGAUGCAUUCAUUGGAGUUAUUGAUAAAGGCCAGAGUGCUAAUGGGCUAACCACUGACUACACUGAGGGGACAGUAGCAGACCUGAUUGGGGCUGGUCUCGACACUGUCUCCACUGCCCUUCACUGGCUGCUACUGCUCCUGGCCAAAUACCCCCAUAUGCAAACCAAACUCCAAGAAGUCAUUGAUCAGGUGGUAGGGCGAAGCAGGUUACCUUCAAUGGAGGACAGAAAGCAGCUGGCCUAUGUGGACGCCUUUAUUUAUGAGACCAUGCGCUUCACCAGUUUUAUUCCUAUCCCCCUCCCCCAUGCCACCACCUCAGAUGUCACCCUCCAGGGCUGCCACAUCCCCAAAGACACAGUGGUCUUCGUCAAUCAGUGGUCUGUCAAUCAUGACCCUUUAAAGUGGAAGGAGCCACACAUUUUUGACCCCUCACGCUUUCUAGAUAAGAACGGCUCCCUGGACAAAGAUAUCAUUAACAGCGUUAUGAUCUUUUCUGUGGGGAAAAGGCGAUGCAUUGGGGACCAGAUCGCAAAAGCUGAAGUUUUCUUGUUUUUUGCUAUAUUACUGCAUCAGUGUAGCUUUGAGAAAUGCCCUAGCGAAGAGGUGACAAUGAACUGCAAUUAUGCGUUAACACUGAGGCCUAUACAUUACAAGAUCUCAGCCAAGCUCAGGGGAGACCUACUCAAAGACAAAUAA